AGGCGACUGGGCGGCGGAGGGCAGGCCCAGCCGCCUCAGGGAGCACCGGGCGCUUCCGGCGCGUGUGGGAAAUUUUAAAGCCGUGUGAAUCUGUGCAUUUGGGGCAAAUUUGGAUCACACCAUCAGAAUUGCUCCUGCUGUGUUUGCGUGGCCUGAUGCCUGAGGACCUGACCUCCUUCCGUCAGCGUUGUGUUGUGGGUCUGUGUCUCCCAUUGGCUUCUGGCGGAGGUGGAAUACCUGUUCCAAGCAGAGAACAGAGGGAAAGAUUAGCACUCAAGGCAGGUAGUUUGCUUUCCUUAGAUGAUCAGAUUUGUGGCCCAAUGGCCUCUCUAGUAGCAUAUGAUGAUUCUGACUCAGAGGCCGAGCCCGAGACUGCUGGAGGUGUGAAUGCUGCUGGCCAAACGACGGAUGUGUCUGAUGUGGACAGACCUUGUGCCACAGAGGUCACAGAAGAGGGAGUGCAGCUCACACAGCAUGACCCUUGUGAAGACCUCAGGGAAGAGCGUCUCCCGCUGGUUCGUAUCUGGAAAAAUGACCCGGGAUCUUGUCCCAGCCAGAAGCUGCAGUGGCCCAGGACGGAGCCUGAAGCCCCCUUCCCCUCUAGCGCUCCUCCUCGCCCUUCUUCCCUGUGGACGAGCCAUGCUCCUGCGAGCUACGUGCCCUUGGCAGCUGCCUGCCUGACGCAAGUAAAACCCUUUUGGGGCUCCCCCAACUCCUCUUUCCACACUCAAGAUACAUCUGAAAACACACAUGGACACGCCAGCUCUCUCCAGAGGAAAAGGGGCGAGGACUGUGUGGUUCCAUAUACUCCAAAGAGACUGAGGCAGCUACAGGCACUGAGCACGGAGACAGCCAGGACUCCCGGCCCUGAGCCACCAGGGCCUCCCGCAAACUGUGCUCCAGCCCCUCUCCGCAUGGCCCCCAUGGUCUCUGAGGUGAUCCAGCCACACUUGAAAAGUCAGUUCAGGGAAACCAAGGUCCCCAAGAAAGUGCUCUUCCACCUUCAAGGCCACGGAGGACCUGUCAACAGCAUCCAGUGGUGUCCAGUCUUUUCCAAGAGCCACAUGCUCCUGUCUACCUCUAUGGAUAAGACCUUCAAGGUUUGGAAUGCUGUGGACUCGGGGCGCUGCCUGCAGACCUACUUCCUGCACAGCGAGGCGGUGCGGGCAGCACGGUGGUCUCCCUGUGGCCGGCGCGUCCUCAGUGGUGGCUUUGACUUCGCCCUGCACCUCACAGACCUUGAAACAGGAACCCAGCUAUUUAGUGGUCGCAGUGACUUCAGAAUCACUACCUUGAAAUUUCAUCCAAAAGACCCCAACAUCUUUUUAUGUGGAGGCUUCAGCUCCGAAAUCAAAGCUUGGGACAUAAGGACCAGCAAGGUGGUGAGAGGAUACAAGGCGACCAUCCAGCAGACCCUGGACAUCCUCUUCCUCCAUGAAGGCUCCGAGUUCCUGAGCAGCACUGAUGCCUCCACCCGGGACUCUGCCGACCGCACCAUUAUUGCUUGGGACUUCAGGACCUCCGCCAAAAUCUCCAACCAGAUCUUCCAUGAGAGGUACACGUGCCCCAGCCUCACCUUGCACCCCAGGGAGCCCGUGUUCCUGGCACAGACCAACGGCAACUACCUGGCCCUCUUCUCUGCCCUGUGGCCCUACCGGAUGAGCAGACGGCGGCGCUACGAAGGGCACAAGGUGGAAGGCUACGCGGUGGGCUGCGAGUGCUCCCCGUGCGGGGACCUGCUGGUGACCGGCAGUGCCGACGGCCGCGUCCUGAUGUUCAGCUUCCGAACCGCCCGCCGGGCGUGCACGCUGCAGGGGCACCCACAGGCCUGCCUCGGCACCACCUACCACCCCGUGCUGCCCUCGGUCCUCGCCACCUGCUCCUGGGGAGGCGACAUCAAGAUCUGGCAAUGACACCGGUGCCGGGGGCUCCCCUUCUUCCUCAG